GGUGCCCUGGGAGGCUGACUUCCGGCGCGGGCACGAGCUGCGCACACGUUCCCAGGCCGGCUAACCGCGGAGCUAUGGAGGGAGGCUUUGGCUCGGACUUCGGGAGCUCCAGCGGCGGCAAGCUGGACCCGGGGCUCAUCAUGGAGCAGGUGAAAGUGCAGAUCGCGGUGGCCAACGCGCAGGAGCUGCUGCAGAGGAUGACAGAUAAAUGCUUCCGAAAGUGCAUCGGGAAGCCGGGGGGCGCUCUGGAUAAUUCCGAGCAGAAGUGUAUCGCUAUGUGCAUGGACCGCUACAUGGACGCUUGGAACACCGUGUCUCGCGCCUACAACUCGCGGCUGCAGCGGGAGCGAGCCAACAUGUGACCGGCCACCCCGCGCCCACCUGUGCCCUUUGUCCGGCGGGGCGCCUGCCCUAGGUUUAUGAAGAUGCGCCUGGUGCGAGGACACGAGAUUGCCAGCGCCCCACUAGCCAGGGCGUGUAACUUGGGCUUGGGGACCCUGCCUUUCCCGAAGUGCUGGCAGCCCAACGGCACCUGUCCAGGUGUGCGCAGAUCAGACUUGGGGUGGGAUCAGACCCUAUUGAGCUGUGACCCGCUGGGACAGCUGGACGAAUAAAUCGCUGACGGUGGG